UUCGAAUUCGCCAAGAUAUACGCACCUCUCGAUCGCUUUCCAUGGAAGAAAAGUCGCGACGCCCCGAAGACACGCCCUUCAAGCAGCAGAAGCUCAAGGCGUGGCAGCCGAUUCUGACGCCCAACUGGGUCAUUGGCACCUUCUUCGUCGUCGGGCUCAUCUUCAUCCCGAUCGGCAUCAUCCUCCGCGUCGAGUCGGACCGCGUCGUCGAGCAUGCGAUCCAGUACGAUGGCGCGGGUGCGCUCACGGCCGCGAACGGCACGCUGGGCGGGCGGUACACGGUCUUGAACACGAACGGGUCGCCGGGCUGCCAGCUCGCGAAAGAGUCGGACGGCAACCAGUUCAACCUCUCGGCGCACAGCUGCAUCCUCCGCUUCACGCUCGACCAAGACAUGAAGGCGCCGAUUUAUGUCUACUACCAGCUCGACAACUUUUACCAAAACCACCGCCGGUACGUCGCGAGCCGCAGCGACGAGCAGCUCCGUGGUGGGCAGCCCGCGUCGCUCUCGGACUGCGAGCCGAUGGGCUCGUCGCCCAAAGACACGCCGAGGUACAGCUCGCUGACCAACUCGACGCCCGACGUCGGCACGUGGGCGCUCAACCCGUGUGGGCUCAUCGCCAACAGCAUGUUCAACGACAUGUUUUGGAUCAACAGCAUCACGACGCCGUCCGGGACGCGGUACAUGCAGACCGACAUGUACCCGACGCCGUCGUCGGCGACGGUCGAGGUCGUCAACCUCAUGGUGCAAACCGGCAUUGCGUGGCAGUCGGACAUCGACGCCAAGUUUGACAACAUUCCAGAAAGCCAGCACCUCCCGAACGAAAUGUAUCUGUGGCAGAACCCCAACUACCGGCACAUUAUCCCCAAGAAGGUGGGCGAACCGCGCAUUUUGAACGCCACCGCGUGGACAACGCCGACGUCCACGGCCUUUGGCGUCAAGAGCGAGCACUUUAUCGUGUGGAUGCGCACGGCGGGCCUGCCCAACUUUCGCAAGCUCUACGGGCACAUUGAGAACGACCUUCCGAAGGGCACGACGCUCGACUUUCUCGUCUCGUCCAACUUUGUCGUGAGCAGCUUUGAGGGCAAAAAGUCGCUCGUGCUCUCGACCACGUCGUGGUUUGGCGGCCGCAACCCGUUCUUGGGCAUCGCGUACAUCACCGUCGGCUCGCUCUGCAUGGUGCUCUCGAUCCUCUUCUUUGCCAAGCACAAACUGUCGCCACGCAAGCUCGGCGAUACGCGGUACCUGGUCUGGAAAAACAACCAGUAGCGAGAAAAGCACCCUUAACUUCAUACGACGAUACAUACUAAUACAAGAACUGCACUGUGUGGCGAGCGAAGUCGCCGCCGAGAGAGCCG